AUGACCGUCCAGAUUGGUCAGGCAAAGCAGAGAGAACUUUCUGGUGUAUUUGAAGCUUGCUCUGAUGGUGCAAUGAACAUUGUACCCCAUGCAUACAGUUCAUCUGGAAAACAAUUCCCUGCGCAGGUAAAAUUCGUCCAAAUUUGGCAGUGUUACCCACUCUCUGAAAAAGAAUUUCGUGAUGCAAUCAGAGAAAAUUAUUUUUCAUCACACAAGUUCAACUUCGGGUUGUCGGAAAGACAGGUUGAAAAGCUGCUUUUAUUGUUCAGUAAAAAAAAGAUAAAAGAUAGGCCUCUCGAGAGGCAAUUUACUCGAAGCAAGGUACCAAGAUCAGUUGGGUACUCUUCAAAGGAAGCUAGAAGUGCCACUGGUGAUGCUGGUGAUGGUGGCUUUAUAAUGAUUGGGAGCAAGAAAGAUGAGCGAAAUGCGGAUGCUACUUUUGGCUCAGCCAUCUCCUCGGAGUACCUUGGAGACUCUAUCAGCAAGCACAGAAGAGAGGAUGAUAGGUACCCAAGUUCCACUUUCAGAAAUAGACAUAAAACUGACAGAGUGCUUAUCUCGAAUGAGCAGUUUGUGGACUCCUUUAGUAAAGUUGGAGGCUUAGUUGAUGAUGGCAGGGCUGUGACAAGCAAUAUGGUAGGGAAUGACCAUGACAUGGAUAUUGAGUUUAGGACGGCUGUUUUAACCAAUCAUUGUGGACAUUCCUUUCCUACAAGCAGAAGAAGCUCCGACGAUGUCAACUUUGCGACAAGUUAUGGGCUAGGACAUGAACUGAAUGAGGACAGUGGUUUUCAGUUGCCUUCAACCAAGCAUCCUGGCUGGUUUCAGUCUAAUCCACCUCUACAUUUUAGCAAGCUCAUCUCAGAAGAAAAUUCUGUGAUGAGUGAUCGUUUUCAACAAUCUUCUGCAACAUGCCACUUGGAGGAGCUACAAAACUCUCUCUAUUGUGGCCAGCCCAUUUUGGAAGAAAUUAAGGAUCAAUUUCAACUAUCUUCUACAGCACCUCACUCGAUGGAGCAACAGAAUUCUGAGCUUUCUUUUUCAGCAUUGGAUGGUGAUAGAUUGCCAAUGUCAAAUGCUUUUUAUUCAACAUCUUAUGGAGAUGGAGUUGUUGCAUGCAAUAUUCCUUAUGACCCAGAUGCUUGUAGGCUUGGCAAUAGGUGUUCGUCAUCCCUCAGCCUCUCUAACUCAGUACCUGAACUCCCAGCGUUUCAGAACAAUGUCUUUCCUUCAUCUGAUCAAUCAUUUCCUCCCCAUGUGGAGCCUGAAGGUAUAAGCAGGCACCCAAACAUCAAUGCUUCUUUAUUCGACUACAUUCAGUUGUCCUAUGCCAACCAACACGAGCACCUGAACAGGUCUGGCAUGCUUUUCCCAGAUGCCGAUUAUCCUGAUCAUGUGGUUCGGAACCCAUGUAUGAACGAAAAAACUGGGCACAAUAGGAGGUCACCAUCAUUUGAGAUCUGUAAUCCAGUACCUCAAUAUCCCCCUCACAACACCUUUCCUUCAUUUGUAAAUGAAUCAUUUACUUCACAUAUAGAGCCUAAAAGUACAAACAAAUGCCGACACAUUAACUCUUCUUUAUCCGGGGACAGUCCAUUUUCUUAUCUUGCCCGUCAUGACCAUGCAAACAGUACUGGCAUGCUUUUACCUGGUGCUGCUUAUCCUGAAAAUGUGCUACGAAACUCCUCUGGGAUUGAAGGGAAGAGGGAGAAUACAUCCUCUUCUUCCUUUAGUCUUAAUAGAUCUUCAUCCUUUGUGUCUGAUGUUAGGUAUUCUGUCUCUUCACAAGAGGAACGUGAUCAUCAAAUGUCACAGCAUGAACACAAUAAAGCAUUUGCUGCCAGUGUUCCUAGAUUGGAAAGGGUUAGUAUUGGACAUGUAGACUGCCAUGAAAAUGGUUCGGUAAAUCUAGAUACACGUGAAAACUCUGAGAGAAUCUACUCUGAUUGUCAGAAGAGAAAAAGUGUCUUUUCCCGCUUAGGUUUGCCUUCUGAUGUACGCAAACAAGAUGAACACGAUAUGGAUUCAUCAGUUGAUGAAGUCAUGACCAUGUUGCACCAGAGUCACAACCAAUGGGUUAAGGAAAAACAUUUUGAGCAGCAGAUGAAAAGGCAUGACGAGGUUACAAAUUUCAAGAAUAAAAAGCAGAUGACCACGAACUCAAAGUUAUUAAUGGAUCACUUGCCGAAGGUCUCAAAGGAGAUUAUGAUGAAUGAUAUUUCAGCUGUCAAGGAGGAUGGUCUCCAAAUAUCUGAAGUUAUACCUUUUGUAGAUUUCCAGCGUCGAAGAAAUUUACAAAAGAUUCAGAGCGAUUCCAAUACUGGAGACUUUAAUGGUAGUACAGAAACCACUGGCUUUUCAGGUCAGCAGCAAAAAAGAAGAAAGUUGAUCAGGCCAAAAUUCAGUGAGAAUGGAUCAUCUGGCAAUGUUAUCAUCGGAAGUCACGAUAAUGGAAGUAGGAUGACUCAAAAUGUUGAGUUACCAGAAGUGACAGUCCUUAUUGGUCUUGAAGACAAGAAUAUAGGUUUUCAAGGCUGUUCAAAUUAUGAAGGAAAAGAGAAGGUGGAAAGUCGUGUGGUGUCUUCGAGCGAUGCAAAUGCAGAUGGGGACAGCAAAGAAGCAUUACAGCAUGUUGUUCUGGUUUCUCAUGAAUACAAGAGUGAUGUAGAAAAUAGUUUGAGUCUGACGAAUUCUGAGUUUGAUCGAUUGCCCAGACACUAUGGAAAUUCUAAUCACUACCUUUUGCAAGAUUCAUUCUCGAAAUCUUGCGAUGUAAAAUCUGAAAAUGGGAUUGCCAAGCAUGGACUUGAUCAUAACACAUGUAAUGGAGAUUUGUCUGAUACUGUUGGAGCUAAGAACAGAUCUUGUCAUGGAGGUAAUGAAAAGUUAUCUAAAAAUGUUGAUAAUGCAUCUUGUCCAGCAAUUGGUGAGGUUGCGAUAGAACGAAUGGCGAGCAGGGGAAUGCAUUAUAAUCGUGGAUCAGAAAAAGCAGCAGAAGAAGUUGGAAAUGGUGAAGAAAAUAAACAGCAGCCGUUUUUGCAAUCUGUUGGGAAACCAUGCAAGGCAUCUUCUGAAACUGUCAGUUGCUCCAAUAUGAAAGAGUCUGAAGAGAUAUGUGAAGAAUAUGACAAACGUGGAGAGGUGAUGGUAGCAGCUGCAGGCAAAGGCCUUAAGGUGAAUUUUGAGCGAGAAAACAGCGGAAAGGAAAAUCAUGUUUGUCUUGGCCAUUGUGAAAUGACCAUGGGGAAUCACAGAUCUCAAGCAAGCAGAGCUUAA